AUGGGCAACUGGUGUGGUUCUGUAGCAGCCGCCUCGGUACUUGACCAGGUGAUCUCACAAGCUUCAGACGAGGAUGAGUGCUUGCUCUACAGGCUUGCCAACUACAAGAAGGGAGGCGAACUCAUUGAUGCCUACAAUGUUGGCGGCUCUGCAGAAGUGGAACGUCUGAUCAAGGAUCAGUUUGGUAUAUUGUUGUACAACGACGGCAAAGGCCAAAUGGUAAACCGUGCAGAGUACCUUCGCUGGAAGUUUCGUGAUAUUCAUCAGGUUGCAUUGCCCAUAGAGGCUUCGCUCAGUCCGCACGACCCCUUGGCUAAGUGGACGGACCAUGAAGCCUGUUGGCAGAUGCAGUAUAGAGGAUCUCUUGGUGAGACUUUGCUUCACGUCCUCAUCAUCUGUGACACCAAAGUUCACACUCGACUUGCCCGAAUACUGCUCAAGUGCUUCCCUCACCUGGCGCUCGAUGUCGUGGAGGGGGAAGAGUACCUCGGAGCGAGUGCUCUUCAUCUUGCCAUUGCGUACUUCAACAAUGAACUCGUGCAAGACCUGGUGGAAGCUGGCGCUAAUGUUAACCAAAGAGCAAUAGGUAGUUUUUUCCUGCCGAGGGAUCAGCAGCGCCAGCGGCCGGCACGCCACACGGACUACGAGGGACUGGCAUACCUGGGGGAGUACCCGCUGUCCUGGGCAGCGUGCUGUGCCAACGAGAGUGUCUACAACUUGCUGCUGGAGAGUGACGCUCACCCAGACAUGAAGGACUCCUUCGGCAACAUGAUAUUACACAUGGUGGUCGUCUGUGACAAACUGGACAUGUUUGGUUACGCUUUACGACACCCUCGGCUCCCAGCAAGCAACGGUAUUGCUAACAACGCUGGCCUCACUCCGUUGACCCUUGCUUGUAAGCUCGGACGCGCCGAGGUGUUUCGAGAGAUGUUGGAACUGAGCGCUCGUGAGUUCUGGCGCUACAGCAACAUCACGUGCUCCGCUUACCCUCUCAACGCCUUGGACACCCUGCUACCUGACGGCAGAACUAAUUGGAAUUCAGCUCUGUUUAUCAUUUUGAAUGGCACAAAGGAAGAGCACUUGGACAUGCUGGAUGGUGGAAUCAUUCAGAGGCUUCUGGAAGAGAAGUGGAAAACGUUUGCAAGACGUCAGUUCCUGAAGCGUCUGGCCAUCUUAGCUCUACACUUAUUGAUGAUGAGUGUGGCAGUUUACCUUCGUCCCGAUGAUCGUGACCAGACACUGCUCGAGGGACGAGACUUUCAAAGCUACACCCGUUAUGGCUUUGAGCUCGGAACAAUUGGAGGUGUCCUUUCAUACAUUGUUGUCCAGCAAGGAGGAGAAAUUAAGAAUCAAGGGUUCUUCAGCUUCCUUAAACAGCUGGCGGGAAACCCAGCCAAGACCAUUUUCCUCAUAUCCAACCUGGGAAUUCUGGCAUGUAUUCCCUUCCGCUUGAUGGGAGACGUCCAUACUGAGGAAGCCAUCCUGGUCUUUUCUGUCCCGGGAUCAUGGUUUCUUCUCAUGUUUUUUGCAGGAGCCAUCCGACUGACUGGGCCGUUCGUCACUAUGGUGUACAGCAUGAUCACAGGAGACAUGUUGACCUUCGGCAUCAUCUACUCUGUCGUUCUGUUUGGCUUCUCCCAGUCAUUCUACUUCUUGUACAAGGGCUUCCCUGGGGUGAAGAACACCCUGUACAGCUCCUACCCUAGCACGUGGAUGGCCCUCUUCCAGAUCACCCUGGGCGAUUAUAAUUAUGCUGAGUUGGCCAACACCACCUACCCAGCUCUCACCAAGGCAGUGUUCCUUAUCUUCAUGGUAUUGGUGCCGAUCUUGCUGCUCAACAUGUUGAUUGCUAUGAUGGGCAACACGUACGCUCACGUUAUUGAGCAGAGUGAGAAGGAAUGGGUGAAACAGUGGGCGAAGAUCGUGGUGUCCCUGGAGCGUGCAGUGAACCAGUCCGACUGUCAGCAGUACUUGCAGGAGUACAGCAUCAAGCUGGGUCCAGGGGACGACCCAUCGACGGAGCAGCGAGGCGUCAUGGUCAUCAAGAGCAAGAGCAAGACCAGGGCCAAACAGCGUAAGGGAGCAUUGUCCAACUGGAAGAGGGUUGGAAAAGUAACCAUAAAUGAACUUCGUAAACGAGGAAUGACGGGAGAACAACUCCGGAGGAUCAUGUGGGGACGAGCUUCCAUCAGCACACCUCAGAAGAUAUCAAAGAAAAAGAAACUGGCUCCUUACGAGAGUAACCCGUUAGCAGACUUUAUGACGGAUAUGGUGCCUGCAGUGGAGGAGAAACCAGCAGCGCCUGCAGCUCUGGGCGGAGGCUUUGAUGCCCUCACUGCUGCUCUGGACGUCAUGGCGUUCACCAACGACCUUGACAUCACUGUUCCUACUGCUUACUCCGUGGGUGAUGGCGGACCUCCGGCAGAAGAUCCGUUCUUGGAGCUGUUCUUGACAGCUGAGCAAGAGGCCAUCGACGCUGCUCAUCUGGCAGCAUUAGCAGAGAAGGCAGUGGCUGCGGCAAUCACGGAGCCAGUACCAGUUAAGGCACCUGAACCCCCUCCAGUAGACCCUGUGUUGCUGGAGGCUCAGGCUACGUUGGAACAAGCUGCGGCCCUGGAGCCCAGCGACAGCGACGGACUAGGAGAUGGACCGCUGCUCGGGCGAGGUUCUCGUGUGAAGCGUGUCAGGUCGGCUCAUCAGCGGGCGGCCACUGCUCAGUCUUCUGAUCGCCAGCUGUUAUUCCGUCGUCACCAAGGCAGCGACUCAAGUUCCAACACCAGCAGCGUAGACUACGACCUUGUGCCUGCGUCUUUGCUACGGCUUACAUCACCUCCACAGGGCAAACCUGUUAAAGCUCCUCGCAGCGUAUCUGCUCAGCCCACCAAGCCGAGACCAAGACCUAAGACCGCUCGGGCAAACAGGGUAGCACCAUCGCUGGAUGUCUCAAGUAGACGAGGGGCGUCGGCUACAACAGCUGUGCCCACCCCUCCCCCUCAGUCCCCCCCUGACCCUCUGGAGCCAUGGAGUACUAGAGGCAUCACCAACAUGAACACCAUCCUAGCCUGGCCUCAGACUGAGGAGGAUAACAGCCUGUAGCUGACCCUGCAUCAACUUGUAUGUGUCGUUCUAGCAUAGUUAUUAUUCAUUUUUUUGACAAACUUUGAGUAUUAUUUUGCAAAACUUUAAAAUGACAAGAGGAUGGUAUGGUAAUUUUUUUUUAGUUAUAUAGCUUUCGUCAAUUUCAAUUUGUUGGACCCCUUCAGUAUUGAAAGAAUUAUUUGUUAUGAAUACUAUACUUUUGCUAAUUUUAAGAUCAAAUGAAUCAGUAAUGGUUAUUAAGGUGGCACAAUGUUAUAAUUAUAUAGUAACUUUCAGUACUAAAAAACGAUCUAACACAUUAUUGAUGACUAUCCAAAUAUUUAUUUGCUUUCCUGUUUAACCUCACCUGAAAGUCAACCCAACUGUUUUAUAAGAAAAUGUGUUGUGUAUU